ACCAGCGCGGGACGGGGUGCGAUGUAGCACGCUGCGUAGCUGUCCCAUCCGCCUGCCACAGUCAGCUGUUGCCACUGUGCCGCAUCAGGAAAGUCAGGGCCAGCUCCCCUGGGCCAAGCCCCGUCCCCCACCUGCACAGCCAGCAUAGACACCUCCUAGCGGCAAGGUGGCAGCAGCACCUCGUUGUGGCAGGCAGCACGAACAAAUUAUUUUGCAUCAUGGCGACAGAUUCUAUGGAGAUUGAUGAUGCUUUAUAUAGUCGGCAGAGAUACGUCCUUGGAGACUCAGCAAUGCAGAAGAUGGCCCAAUCUAAUGUGUUCCUGAGUGGUAUGGGUGGCCUUGGUGUGGAGAUUGCUAAGAAUGUAGUUCUAGCUGGUAUAAAGGCUCUUACGGUUCAUGACACCAAGCAGUGCAAAAUAUGGGAUUUGGGAAGCAAUUUUUUCAUCCAUGAAGAUGAUAUUCUCAAUUUAAGGAACAGAGCUGAGGCGGCACUUCCUCACGUUGCAGAACUCAACCCAUAUGUCCAUGUUGUGUCAUCAACUGCACCACUUGAUGAGACCACAGACCUAUCUUUCUUAAAACAGUAUCAGUGCGUCAUACUGACUGAGAUGAGGCUGUCACUGCAAAAGAAGAUUAAUGAUUUUUGCCAUAGUCAACACCCACCUAUUAAGUUUGUCAGUGCGGAUGUCUAUGGAAUAUGUUCACGUUUGUUUUGUGAUUUUGGUGAUGAAUUUGAAGUGCUGGAUACAACGGGAGAGGAACCAAAGGAAAUUUUCAUUUCAAACAUAACACAGUCAAAUCCUGGUAUAGUUACCUGCCUUGAAAACCAUCCUCACAAGCUUGAAACUGGACAGUUCUUAACCUUCCGGGAAGUUAAUGGAAUGUCAUGUUUAAAUGGAUCCACACAUCAAAUAACAGUGGUUUCACCUUAUUCUUUCAGCAUUGGGAAUACUUCAGAUAUGGAGCCUUACUUACAUGGAGGCAUAGCUGUUCAAGUAAAGACCCCCAAAACAUUUUGCUUUGAUCGGUUGGAGAAGCAGUUAACAAAUCCAACUUGCCUUGUUGCAGAUUUUAGCAAACCCGAGGCACCUUUGCAGAUACAUGCUGCCAUGCUUGCCUUGAACCAGUUCCAGGAAAAUUUUGGACGCGUACCAAACACUGGAUGCCUGCAAGAUGCUGAAGAGAUGUUGAAAACAGCAGCAUCUGUAAGUGAAACGCUGGAAAGCAAACCUCAGGUGAAUGAGAACCUAGUGCAGUGGCUCUCUAGGACUGCUCAGGGACUCCUUGCUCCUCUUGCUGCAACAGUGGGUGGCAUUGCUAGCCAAGAAGUCUUGAAAGCAGUAACAGGAAAGUUUUCUCCUUUGCAGCAGUGGCUGUACAUUGAUGCAUUGGAUAUUGUAACAUCUCUAGACAAGAUCAGCAGAUGUGAAGAAUUCAUCCCAAGGGGUGAUAGGUAUGAUGCCUUGAGAGCUUGCAUUGGAGACUCCCUGUGCAAAAAGCUGCAUAAUUUGAACAUUUUCUUGGUUGGGUGCGGAGCAAUUGGUUGCGAAAUGUUAAAAAAUUUUGCACUUCUUGGUGUUGGCACUGGGCAAGAGAAAGGCAUGGUCACAAUUACAGAUCCAGACUUAAUAGAAAAGUCCAACCUGAACAGGCAGUUUCUUUUCCGACCCCACCACAUACAGAAACCUAAAAGCUCUACUGCAGCAGCAGCAACGUUGAACAUUAACCCCCAGGUGAAAAUAGAUCCUCAGCUUAACAAAGUAUGUCCAGCCACUGAGAAUGUUUACAAUGAUGAAUUCUAUACCAAGCAAGAUAUAAUUGUCACAGCACUGGACAAUGUUGAGGCAAGGAGAUAUAUUGACAGUCGUUGCGUAGCAAACCUGCGCCCUCUGUUAGACUCUGGCACUAUGGGAACUAAAGGACACACAGAAGUUAUUUUGCCUCAUCUGACAGAGUCCUACAACAGCCACCGAGAUCCACCAGAAGAAGAAAUACCUUUUUGCACUUUAAAAUCUUUCCCAGCUGCUAUUGAGCACACAAUACAGUGGGCAAGAGACAAGUUUGAAAGUGCAUUUUCCCAUAAGCCUUCCUUGUUUAACAAAUUUUGGCAAACUUAUCCAUCUGCAGAAAAUGUCUUACAGAGAAUAAAGUCGGGGGAGAGUUUAGAAGGCUGUUUUCAAGUUAUUAAAUACCUCAGUCGUAGACCCCGAAAUUGGUCUCAGUGUGUGGAGCUAGCAAGAAUAAAAUUUGAGAAAUAUUUUAACCAUAAGGCUCUUCAGCUACUACAUUCUUUUCCCCUUGAUACACGAUUAAAAGAUGGAAGUUUAUUUUGGCAGUCACCAAAAAGGCCACCGUUUCCAACAAAAUUUGAAUUUAAUGAUCCUCUACACUACAGUUUCAUAAUAAGUGCAGCAAAACUCUUUGCAACAGUAUACUGUAUCCCUUUCACAGAAAAGGACCUAUCAGAAGAAAGUAUUUUGAAGAUAACUUCAGAAGUAAAGAUACCAGAGUUCAGACCUUCAAACAAAGUUGUAGAGACGGAUGAAACUGCACGGAAACCAGAUCAUAAUCCAGUAAGCAGUGAGGAUGAAAGGAAUGCUAUUUUCCAGCUGGAAAAUGCCAUACUAGCUAACGAAGCUUUGAAAAGUGAUUUGCAAAUGAAGCCACUUUCCUUUGAAAAAGAUGAUGAUGAUAAUGGGCAUAUAGACUUCAUAACAGCAGCAUCUAACCUACGAGCCAAGAUGUACAACAUCGAACCAGCAGAUCGGCUCAAAACAAAGCGCAUUGCUGGAAAGAUUAUUCCUGCCAUUGCAACUGCUACCGCUGCAGUGUCUGGCUUGGUUGCACUGGAAUUGAUCAAAAUUGUGGGUGGCCAUCCAUUUGAAGCAUACAAGAAUUGCUUUUUUAACUUAGCCAUUCCAAUAAUAGUGUUCACAGAAACUGCUGAAGUAAGAAAAACAGAAAUAAGAAAUGAGAUAUCGUUUACAAUCUGGGACCGGUGGACUGUUUAUGGGAAAGAAGACUUUACUCUCCUGGACUUCAUAAAUGCUGUCAGAGAGAAAUACGGAAUUGAACCAACAAUGGUUGUACAGGGCGUCAAAAUGCUGUAUGUUCCAGUGAUGCCUGGUCACAUCAAAAGACUAAAGCUGACGAUGCAAAAGCUUGUGAAACCAUCAGCUGAUAAAAAAUAUGUGGAUCUCACAGUAUCAUUUGCUCCAGAAACAGAUGGGGAUGAAGACUUACCAGGCCCACCAGUUAGAUACUAUUUUACCCAUGAAAACAAUUGAUGAUAGCUCUGCUAACAUCACUCCAGGACCGUUUGCUUUGAAAGGAGUGUGCUAGGAUCAGCUUUUUUUUUUUUUUUUUUUUUUUUUUUAAACAAAAUGGUACUACGUAUUUCUUUUGGUGAAGCCUUAAUUGAAACAGAAAUAGUGGAAACUGGUGAACUGCACUGAAGAGCUCUAAGAAACUGGAUUUAUAUUUCACCUGUCCCUGUUCCCCUCAUAUGUGUCUAUUGCCAAGCAGGGUUGGUAGCUUUCUGAAAUGGAAUGUCAUGUAUAAUCCUUACCACAAAGAAGAGAUUUGUGUUAAUUUAUGAGGGUGAAGGUGGGUGAGGGGCUGGCCUGGUAAGCCUUAUAGUUUAUGCUAUAUGCAAGGUAAGUAUUAAAGAGGGGAUGGUGCAAGAAUUGGGGAAAUUGCCAUCCUACAAUACUUCAUGUUCAAAAACAUCUUAAAGUCCUUUUCUCUUGGGACUUUCUUCUGAAGUUGGGAUUCCAGCCACAUCACUGAAACACUAGGCCAAAUUUAUCCCAGGUGCAGCUGCCAUUAAAACAAAAUGAACUUCCCCAUUUAUGCUGUUGUUGUUCUUGUGAAAAUGUAAGGGGACAACCAGUCAGCUGCUAUGAAUUGUCAUGGCUUUUUUUUAAAGUCAAACAAGCUAUGGCAACUGAGUGUCUAUACUGCAGUAAUAAGGGAAGCUGAGCUUUACUGGAGAACAAUGCCAUUAAUCUCCAAAAAAAAGCUCUUCUGCCUGAGGAAGGGGCAGGUGAAGGGGCUACCUUUUUUUCCCUAACUCCUCUUCAUUAGAGUACACUGUAGCAAACCAUGACUUUCUGAAUGAGUUAGGGCAGGGAGGCACUAUAUGUACUUCAUACCAAACUUCUUGGUUUCUAAAUUCUAUUUUUUGGUGCCAUGCCUCUAUAGGGAAACUUUGUCAUAUAACAGUCUACAACACAACUCUAACAGACUAUUGAAUUUAUAUUAGCUUCAGCCUUUGCAUAGAUAUCUAAAGUAUGGCAGACCCAUUUAAUUCAGUAGAAAUAAUUAGGGAAGUAGUUUUAGCUAUGGCAAUAGCUAAAGAGGUGAAAUACAGAAACAGCCAUGACAUUCUUUCUCAGCAUCUGCAUAUCAAAUGAUUGUAUUUUAUGAUUCUUUUCCAAUUAUAGAGAACUAAUACAAGUGACAUGGGAACAAAAAUGUAACCAACAGUUUGUUUUUUUUUAACAGCUUACAUCUGCUACAAGUGAUGUAAAACUUGUUCCCCACUCUCUAAUCAAAUGUUAAUAAAUGAUUCCUUCUGGUAAGCAUCAGAGAUGCAUAACCUGCCACCUGAAAUACUGGAGAAUAAUCCUUGUUCUUUUUUCCUUUUCCCCGCAAUUUGUAUAUUCUAGGAAAAAAUCAUCAGGACUUUGGGCAUUUAAACACCAAAGAUAUGUUGAACCUAAAAGCUGGAAUCCACACCAUUUACUCCAAUAUUUGGGAAUUUGACUUAAAUGUAGUCUUUCUUUUGGAAGCUGUACAUAUUUUUUUACAAUCAACAUAGCUUAAAGAUAUAAUUUUAUAGUUUUGGUUUAACAACCAGCUGGAUUAUUUAAUUUGUUUAGGGUUUUUUUUUGGUUUUUUUUACAACUUAAAAUUGUGAAAGGCAAAAAAAAUGAUAUUCAUAGAAAUGGAGAGGUGUACAAUUAACAGAAGGCAUAAAUAGACAGAAUAUUUGUUUCUAAAUAAUGAGUGAAAUGUGUUGGCAGAGAAGUAUGAAUCCCAAAUAAAAUAUUUAAUUGAUA